CCCCCCGGCCCCGCCCCCCAUGGCCCGGCCCCGCCCCCCCCUCCCCCCCCCCGGGCCCCUCUGAGCCCCCCCAAAGUCGGGAGACCCCAAAGGCCAUGUCCGGGGACUACGAGGAGGACGUUUGCCGCAGCGCGCUGCGCCUGGUGCACGAGCUCUGCUUCGCCCCCCGCGCGCGCCCGCCCCACGCGCGCUGCCUCGAGUUCACCGACCUGCUGCGGCACCGCGGCCACCCGCGCCCGGCCGACACAGAGGUGUCGGUGUCGCUGCUGUCGGUCAUUGUCACCUUCUGCGGGCUGGUCCUGCUGGGGGUCUCUCUCUUCGUCUCCUGGAAGCUCUGCUGGCUGCCCUGGCGCCACAAAGGGGGUCCCGGGGGGGUCCCCCCGAGGAAAGACCCCCCCCAGGGCGGUGGGGGAGGGGCGGCGCCUUUCGGGGACCCCCUGCCCGAGCGGGGGGACCCCCCCGAGCCCCCCCCCGAGCGCUGCUACCUGGACAUGGGGCCCUGCCCCGAAAUCGGGGGGGGGUCCCGAGCCCUGGGCCCGCCCCCCCCGCCCCUCCCCCCCCUCCCCCCCGGGGGACCCCCCCAGGGACCCCCCGAGUUUGGGGGGGAUGGAGGGGGGGGAGGGGCGGGGACCCUGCCCAGCGCCCCCUCCCAGCAGCUGGUGGGGGGCAGCUCCUCGCUGCCGCCGGUCCCCGAGGAGCCGCCGGCGCACCUGGGGCAGAUCCAGCCGGAGCUCUACGGCCCCGCCGGUGACCCCGAGCCCUUCGGCGCCCGCGGUGGCCCCGGUGGUGGCCCCGGUGGCCCGACGCCGUCCUGCGGCCGCCUGAACGUGUCCCUGCGCUACUCCUACGGCUCCCAGCAGCUCCUGGUGCGCGUCCUGCGCGCCCGGGACCUGCCGGCCAAGGACUCCAACGGCUUCUCCGACCCCUACGUGAAGAUCUACCUGCUGCCCGACCGCAAGAAGAAGUUCCAGACCAAAGUUCUGCGGCGGACGCUGAACCCCGACUGGGACGAGACCUUCAGCUUCGGGGUGCCCUUCGCAGAGCUGCCGGCGCGGCGGCUGCACUUCAGCGUCUACGACUUCGACCGCUUCUCGCGGCACGACCUCAUCGGGCAGGUGGUGCUGGACAACCUGCUGGAGGCGGCCGAGGCGCGGCCGGAGAUGGUCAUCUGGAGGGACAUCCAGGAGGGCACCGGGGUGAGUGGGGGUGGGGAUGGGGUCCCACCCCCGGUUGGGGGUUCUCAGAACCCCCAAAAUUCUAUAAAUGAUGGGUGA